UUUGUGUGUGUAGCGUUUUUUCCCCCCUUUUUUUGCGCGUCCGUUUCCUUCCCCAAAGCGGUCCAUUCCGGUUGAUUUCCCUUUUGGGCGCUGGGAAAGCUGCGCCCGUCACGGAGCCGCGAUCCUAAAAAAAACAAGGAGAGCCGCGCUGUCCAACUGCGCAGCCUAGGACGCUUUCUUUGGCCACUCGGCUCAUUGACAAGGGCUGGACUGGACCCGGGGAGAUUCCUCUGCCUUCCUCCUCCAGCGGUGCCCGGGGGAACCAAAAGCGCGAUCUGGGAAGGCCGAAGUGGGGCGGGGGGGGGGGACCACCUUUGCCGUCGUUCAGGAUCUCCAACGCUCUCCCGCGCGCUUCCCGGACUUCCCCGCGCGUCCCGAGGGAACCGUCGAAGUUUCCGCGGGCAGAUCCUCCUCCGGCUCUUCUUGGCUGCUUAGCGGACGACUCCAAGGACCGAGGAACCGACGGGACACCCCCCGACUGGAUUUUCCUCCCCGUCUGCGUCCCUGCAGACCCUGGCGCCCGCCGGCCCUCGAGCCCGACUGGAUUUUCCUCCCCGUCUGCGUCCCUGCAGACCCUGGCGCCCGCCGGCCCUCGAGCCGCGACGGCGGAGCCCUCCUCGCUAACGUCUGCGCGAUGCCUUUCUGGAAGCACACGGUGGAGCCUCGGCGGCUGCUCCCUUCGACGGCCGCUGCCCCGCGCCUGGCCAAGCUGCCGCUGGCCCAGCUGCACGAGGUGUGCGGCCUGACGACGCUGGCCCUGCUCCGCCAGCUGGCCGACCUGUGCAGCCACUCGGCGGCGCUGCUGGGCGACCUGGAGGGGCGCCUGCUGGAGCUCUCCCGCCGCGCCCACCGCCUGCGGGGGCGCCUCCGCCGGGUGCGUGGUCUGCUCCGCCCGGGGGCUUCUUCGGAGCCAGACGUUUCAAAGUCCCGUUUGAAACAUCCAGCUGCCUUCUACAGAUGUCCAACUCUGUUGUUCUGAUGCCCACCUUUGUGCAACUCCCU